UUUAAAAAUGAUUAAGCCAGUAGCUGAUAUUGCUGUUAUUGGACUUGCAAUAAUGUACCAAACUCUUAUUCUGAACGAUUAUGGAUUUGUGUUCUGCACAUUCUGCAUCCUAAGCGCAUUAUUUACCUUGUUGUAUAUUAUGCGUUCUUUUUUCGGCGUCUCAAUUAACAAUCUUCCAACUGCACAGGCUGUCCAAGAUUUUUGUUAUUAUAUUGAGGAAUGUGAUAGAAGAGAUUGUGUUAUAUGCCUGGAAAAAGAUCUCUUCUGCACAUUUCGACACGGCAGUCAUAAGAACUUUAAUCUUGGAGAAAUGGUUACAAUUUACAAUUACAAUGGUACUCGAUCGUACAUAACUAGAGUCAGAUUCAUUUGUGAGCGGCUAGAUUUUAUCAUCUUAAAAAGCAGUGAGAAAAUGGAAAAAGUGCCUGCUCUCUCUCAUGAUUACUUUCCUCCUGAACCAUUGCUCGUUUGUGGCAGAAGUGAUAUAACUGGAGAGAUUACUUAUUCAAGUGGAUCUAUUCGUACCUCGCUUUUACAAUAUUUUUCUGAUGGAAGGGUAGAAGAAGGUCCUUUUUUGCUGGGAGACAUUCAUACGUUGUUAGGCGAUUCAGGUGGUGCAGUCUUUAGUGCAAAUGGACUGAUUGGAAUGCAUGUUAGAGUUACUCCCUGUUAUUAUCAGUUAUGUAGUGAUGUUAUUUACAACGCAGCACACUUUAAAGUUGAAAACUGCAUUGUACGAAUUUCUGACCUUCUACGUGGCGUAAAUGUUGUUAAGAUGAUAGAUUCACCGCCCAGACCGAAAGAUCAUCCACAACCACAUUUUCUGGAAUAUGAAGGCAAAAUGUUGAUGGGCUCUUAA